AAGGAAGCCGGGGAGCUUCAAGGGCCACUCCCGCGGCGUCACAUGAUGGGCGUGAAGGAGGUUUUUGCGUGAGAAUCUCCAAGUACCUCAAGGAGGCUAGGGCCUUGGGGUGUAAGUCCUUUGACGGCACCGGUGACAUUACCGUUGCCGCCGAUUGGAUAAAGAAGGUGAAGGAUGCGGCAAAGGACAUGCAAAUUUCACCGGACGUGAAGUUGACUGUUGCUUCACGGCUGCUGGAGGGGAUAGCUUCCACGUGGUGGGAGAGUGUAGAAGGAAAAUACCAUGGGGAGGUCUCGUGGUUGAACUUUGAGCAGGAAUUUUAUGACCAAUACUACACUGACUACGAGAAAAAUGUCAAGCGUAGGGAGUACACCAACCUCAAACAGAAGGAGGGUGUUUCUGUUAAACAGUUGGAGCAAGAUUUUAGAACCUUGGCUAGGUUCUUACCGGAGUACGCGAUCAAUGAGGAUCGCAUGUCGGAGCACUUUUGGGAUGCCCUACUCUUGGACAUCCGUGAUCGGGCUACGUACUCGCGCCACAUGACCUUUAGCGAAGUGGUGGAGCAGGGCCUUCUUGUGGAGGCUCAAUGGAAUGAGAGAAAAGAAAGAGACGCCGAGGAGGCGAAAAAGAGAAAAUGGCAUAAUUCGGGGCCGCCCGAGCAAGCACGGAAGAAUAACCACGGUGGGGGUGGUGGUACAUUCAAGGCGCCGGCACCACCGGCGAAGAAGAACAAGGAUGCUCGGUGGCACGCAUCCUCCUCUCAAAAUACGGGGCCUCCUAAGUGUGCCAACUGUUCAAAGAAUCACUUUGGAAAGUGCAACGCACCCCCGAGGUGUUAUCGAUGUGGGAACACGGGCCACAUGAAGGCCAAUUACCCACAAUUGGGGGGAGGAGGAGCUCCGGGAUCCGGAGGAGGAACCAUGACGGGAAGAAACCGUGCGGGCCCGUCAAACGGCGGUACGGGAAGAGGUGGCGCUUCAACAAGCCAUGCCGCGUCCGUAAAUCAAGGCGGGGCCCAAGCAAGGGUCUACGCGAUGACCGAGGCGGAUGCACGAGCAAACCCGGACUCCGUCGCAGGAGGCGAUCAUGUUGAUUUUGAUGCUGGAUUAUAUGAGAGCGCAAAUUAGAAGACCGUUAUGUAGUUCAUUUGGAAUAAACUUUAAUGCUUGUUAUUGACUUGAACAUUUUCAUUUUGUUUAAAAACACAGUUUGGGUAGAUAGCCUUAGCAUUCAAUCAUUCAAAGGUUGGAUGUGGCGGUGACAUACCCCUUUCCUUUAGUUUUACUACUUUCCG